CACGAAAACACACACUAAACCGUUACGAGUGACAUGGCUCACAAUCUUCUUAUCCUAAUCACCGUCUUCACGUCUAUCACUGUCGCUGUCGCCGGCCGUCUCAUCACCACUACCACCAAUUCAUCCACCAAUCUCGUGUAUGACGGUGUUCAUGGCGGUUACGGAGGUGUAUUCAGUCGUAAUCCGCUCCUCUCAUUGUCAUCAUCAACGGACGAAUCAGGAUUCUGUGAGCAGACCUAUGGAUUCAUGCCUUGUACCACCUCUGUAUUUGGCAGCCUCUUCCUCAUCCUCGUCUACGGGUACCUCAUGUUCCUAGCCGCUACUUACCUGUCCUCCGGAAGUGAGCUGUUGUUGGAGAUUUUAGGUCCAGGCAUCGUUGGCGGUCUCUUCCUUCCUAUUCUCGGUGCUCUUCCAGACGCUUUGCUCAUUCUCGUAUCUGGACUUUCUGGAAGCCCUGAAACGGCUCAAGAGCAAGUUUCUGUUGGCAUGGGAUUGUUGGCUGGUUCGACAGUCAUGCUUUUAACUGUUAUAUGGGGGACCUGUAUAAUAGUGGGCAAAUGCGAUUUACAGAACUCAAUUGCUCUAGAUAACCAAGAUACGAAAAGAUUCAACUUGUCAGGCUCUGGUGUCAGUACUGAUAUUUGGACAAGCUAUUCUGCAAUGAUAAUGGCUGCAUCUGUGCUCCCUUUUCUAGUUGUCCAAUUCCCACAAAUCCUCCAUUCAACUUCUGGAAGACACUUGACAGUGUUAAUUGGUCUUAUAAUGUCCAUAUCACUUCUAAUUGCAUACUGCAUUUAUCAGGUGUAUCAGCCUAAAAUACAGAAGAGACGCCUUGCUUUUGCAAAGCAUAAGCAUGUAAGGUCUAGAAUUCUUAGGUACAUGAAAAUGAACGCAUUUGGAGGACUCUUGGAUGAUCAGGGCCGACCUAAUCGUGAAGUUCUGUACAAGCUAUUUAACUCCGUUGACGUAAAUGGGGAUCAACACCUUUCACAUUCCGAACUACAAGCACUAGUUGUAGGGAUGCAAUUAAAUGAUAUUAACUUAAAUGAAGAUGAUGCUGUUCUUAAGCUCAUAAGAGAUUUUGACACAUCCGGAGACGAUGAAAUAGACUUUGAAGAGUUUGUAACUGGAAUUUCGCAAUGGCUUGAGGAAGCCAGAAGUACCAAAACAGAUUCUGCCGUUGCCGGUCCUGACACAACGAAGUAUAUUCAUGACUAUUAUGAGGAAACAAAGAGAGAACACUACCUUUUGGGAGAUGAAGGUGGUGAUGAUGAUGAAGGGCAUAUUGUAGACGAUCCUCGUUGGACCACGAUAAAGGCUGGGCUAUUUUUGUUACUGGGCACAAUUAUUGCUGCUAUAUUUGCUGAUCCUCUGGUAGAUGCUGUUGGUGAUUUCUCUGCUGCUACAAGUAUCCCGUCUUUCUUCAUCUCGUUCAUCGUGUUGCCAUUAGCAACCAACUCCAGUGAAUCUGUGUCAGCGAUCAUAUUUGCUUCCCGCAAAAAGCAAAGAUCCGCCUCUCUAACUUUUUCAGAGUUAUAUGGGGCGGCAACGAUGAAUAAUCUACUUUGCCUAUCAGUGUUCUUGGCACUCGUUUACAUGCGAGGAUUGACAUGGGAUUUUACGUCUGAAGUGCUUGUUAUCGUGAUUGUUUGCAUUGUGAUGGGUGUUUUUGCUAGUUUGAGAACCACGUUCCCUCUUUGGACAUCUUUCAUUGCAUUCGUACUCUACCCGUUCUCCCUGAUUCUCGUAUACAUUCUCGACUAUAUUCUCGGUUGGUCAUAGAUGCAACCAUCGGGUCAUACGGACUCAGAUCGGGUAUUUGUAGUUAUUUUGAUAAGCAAGUAAUUUUAGCCAAAAUUAUGUCUGAUAAUGAUGUUAUCAUCAUACUAGUAGUCACACGAUCCACCAUAUGAGUAUGAGCUGCAACACAUAGAAUCAGCUCCCUUCUAACACAUCUGUUGUCAUAGAUUAUUCUAGAUCUUUCCUAGUUUGUGCACAAAUUAGCUCUCAUGUAUCUCUCUCUACUGAUUUCAUUAUGGAAUAUAAUCCUAUUUUCUGUU